AUGUCGAAAACGAUUCAGAUAACCUCGCCCGCGGAAUUCGCCUCCUUGGUGUCAUCGUCGGCCAUUGUGGUCGCUGAUUUCUACGCCGACUGGUGCGGACCAUGCAAGACGAUCGCUCCAAUGUAUGAGGAGCUGUCGGCCCGACUCUCCCGCCCGAACAAGAUCACUUUCGUUAAGGUGAACGUGGAUAAUCAGCAGCAAAUAGCACAGACCUAUGGCAUCACUGCUAUGCCAACUUUCAAGGUGUUCAAGAACGGCAACGUCGUUUCGACCGUACAGGGUGCUGAUCCGAGAAAACUCUCCGAAGCGGUCAAGAAACUUGCCGCAGAAGCGGAAUCUACAGGGCCUUCGACUGGCGGCUUCGGUGAAUCAAGUGGAAGCGGAAAGUCAUGGCUUGGCGCAAGCCUGCCUCGGGGAUACCGUGAUGUUACGGACGAGGUCGAUCUGAAGGGCCUUGACAUUUUGAAUUCGGACAGCGAAUUCGCUGGCGUCAGAACCCUUUUUGACUUGUCUAAGCCCUCCAGUGUUGCGGCAGCAGACAGCAAAGGCAAAGGAAAGUCCGAGGGUGGCCAGCAGCAGCGCGACUGGGUAGAGAGCGAUACCGAUGAGCAACUUAUGCUAUUUAUGCCGUUCCAAUCUACACUCAAAGUUCAUUCUCUACACCUUACAUCGCUACCUGGAGAGCCAUCCGAUGACAGCGAAGCCGAGGACGAGCUUCCCAUGAGACCGAAGACUAUUCGCCUUUACACGAAUCCCAGCCAUGUUCUGGGCUUCGAGGAAGCGGAAGACAUUACUCCUACGCAGUCCAUUACACUCUCUCCCGAAGACUGGGAUGACAAAACCGGUACAGCAAAGCUGGAACUUCGCUUUGUCAAGUUCCAGAAUGUUUCGUCCAUUGUUCUUUUCAUCGUUGAUGGUGAUGGGGAUGGGGAUGGGGAAAGGGUCCGCUUAGAUCGGGUGCGCAUCAUUGGAGAGACGGGCGAGAAGCGCGACCCAGGAAAACUAGAGAAGAUCGGGGAUGAGGUUGGAGAGUGA